UUGAAGUUUAUAGGGGGAUUAAGUUUUAAAUCUGCUUGCCUCGGGGGUGGAUGGUACUUGAUAACGUUGCAGACCCGCACUAGAGCUAAUGAUUAGGUUUGCUUUGAAAGGAUGUGGUUAUUUAGCUCAUCAGCAGUGAUUUGUAUCCCACUAUUAAUCAUGGUUUUUUUGCCCUCCUCGUUGUAUCGGGAUCUUAGUUCACAGCAACUUUAUGUAUCAUCAAUGCAUCAGAUUUAUUGAUGACAUCUUAAUUUUUCUGGCUGUUAACAAUCUUUUUCUGAUACCUGUGGGAUGUUUUGCGGAGAUGUAGCCAGUGAUAAUUUGUUUUUAAAAAAUUGUUUUUACAGCUUUAAACUUUCUGCAUGUCAGCAAAUCUAUGAUCAAAUUUAAUGUGCUUAUGACAAGCAUCUUAUAUCUUGUCAAUGAGUAGGUGGGCUGUCGCUACCACAAUAUAUUUGAUAUGAUUUUUUUUUUUUUUUUUUUUUUUAAAUUAGGAAGUAAAAUUUGAAAUUUUGAUAGGCAAAAUUAUUUUUAUAAAAAGUAUAGGCAAAAUUAUUUUUAUAAACUGAGCAUUUCACAAGUUACUGCCAGGUUAUUGUCACUUUAAAGAUGUAGUGUAGAGACUGUAAGAGACCCAGGGAUGCAAUUUGCUUCUUACUCGAGGAUAAAAUGUUAUUAUGGUAGCAACAUAUCCUUAAAAUAUCUCAGAAUUAUUAAGUAUAACUUUGUGUCUAAUAUGUUUAAAAUUUGUAAUUAGUACAACAAAAAAUUAUCUCAGAGAGGCUGUAUGUAACCACAUGCCAAGAACCCUGUCACUGCGAAAUAGCCGUACAUAAUUAAGUCUUAAAUUUGUAACACUUCACUUAAUCUGAUGAUGUCUCUAAAUGUGUGGGAAAAAUCUCAAAGGGAUGUGAAAUUAUUAAUCAUUCCUUUACAACAUCCCUCACACAUCAUGCAUAAUGAAGCUUCAUGCAAUCCGGUGUUAAAGUUCAAGGGCAACUGGAGGUUCUGUGCUGAAUACAACAUUAUGAAGAGCAAGGCACCAUUGUACAAGGUUCUACAAGGAGUAGAAUUCAAAUUUGCCACAUAAAGAUUAACAACUGUGAUGACCAUAUUGGAAAGCAGAGAGUGACAACGUAUUGCGAGAUUGUCACCCGCUUAGAAACAAGGCAGCAGGUGAAAACCUCCUUAAGUUCUUCAGGGUAAAAGAACAAUUUAAUACUGCCUUAAUAUUUGGAGUAUAUAUCACAUAUCAUGUUUGAGGAAGGUAUGAUCGCCCAAGGGCGCAAGCUACUCAGACCUUGACAAUAUGUGAUGUCUCCCUCCUGAUAAGGCAAUAAUUGUAUACCGUUUUGCUAAAUUUUUUAAGUAUGAUUUUUCUUUACAUCUACAAUGCAUUUUUAAAUUGACCUGUUUUUCUUCAAUUUCAGUCAAAUUAUAAUGGUAUGGACAUAUUUGUGGUGUCAAACCAAAUACUUAAUGAUUUUUUUAUGGAAAAAUGCAUGGACGGAUCUUUUAAAUUUUAGAAUUUAAUUGACAUAUUUUUUAUGUCAAUUUCUUAUCUUCAAGAUUAUUUCAUGGGAAAAUGCACCGAUGAAUCUUUAAAAAAAUUAAAUUGACGUAUUUGUGGUGUCAAAUCAUUUGGGUAUUGGGGGAGAAAAUGCAUUGUUAUAUCUUUUAACUUUUAAAAUUUCAUCUAUUCUUGGGCAAAACCAUACUAUACCCAUUCUAGGUUUGACCUUUGAGAAUUAAAACAUCAAUCAUCUCCGAGGUAUUUCAGGGGUACACAUAGCCGGGGAGUACAGUUGCAUGGGUGACUCUACCUCUGACGUGGAGAAGUAACGUGUAAUAGUGUAUGUAGUGGGAGGACGGAUGCCAUGCUGUUGUCCUCUGUUCAUUGUGUGAGGUGGUGGUAGUGACAUUUAUGAAGGGAGAUAAUUAAUGGUCUCACUUUGAACUAUUUUAGUCAUCUUCCCCUAACUUGAGCUUAUGAUAUGCCUUCUGUCAAGAAAGAGAAAUGGCUGCUCUGCGUCCUCGUGUUACUUAGUCUGCAGAGAGGGAAUAUUUGCAUCUUGUCCAGACAUCUUGGGUAACAUCACAUAUGCUCAAUGAAAAAUGUAUUUACGGAAAGCUUUUUAAGUUGGUGCAGCCUAAGACUUGCAUACUAUCAGUGGGUAUUGCAGUAGAACUGCUUGUAGAUGACAUUUCAAGAUGACUAUUCCAUUAGGAUGGGAUUGACAGGGUAGUGAUGGAAUUUCAACAAUUGCCAUUUUGACAAAAUUUGCAUAUUUAUUCAUGUUGUCUUACUAUGUGUGUUAAGAACAUGCAUCUCUCAUCAGUUAUACUGUAUAAUGGAGGUCCUGGAAUCAGGAUUCUUAAGCUGAUGCUUAAAAAACAACCUUAUCUAGAACAAUAUGCAGAUACAAAUGCAUGUGUUGGGUGGUGUCCAAUUUAACACCUGGCAAAGUAGAUGACAUGGAGUGUGCUAAAAAUAUUGCAUUUGUCUUUAACACGACAACCCUUUUUGUACGAUGGUCAUUUUGAGGUGACGUUUAUAGACUUAUAAGACUGUCACAGGCUGCUGAAUCGAAAGCCUGGACACUGAGUAUAAAUAAUGAGCCCUCCCCCUCGUUGACAUAUGACAGACAUAUGAAUAAUGAACCCUCCCCCUCUUCUUUACUAAAUGUCUUUGCUGAUGGCGGCUUGCAGUCACAUACAUAUUGUAAUGUAGCCUAAGGUUUGAUGAAGUUCGUGAAUAACUUAAUAUUGCCCUUGAUAUGUACAUUCGUUAUAUCAAAUACAGAAACUUGAUUUUUUUAACCUACAAGUGGUUUGUGUUGCUUUCUUUCCUUUUCCAGCAGAUGAAGGCAAGAUUUAUAUAAAUACACUGUGUGUUCCGUUUUCUGCCAGCAACUGUGAUACUAUAAAAUUUUGUGUAUAAAAAUGGUAUCAUCAUUUUAUUUUGGGAAAUGGAUAUUUAAGGGCUGAGAUGAUAAAUGUUUUUGGUUGACCUAGUUUGUAUCAAGAUGUAUCUCACUUGUGAUGUACGAUAUGUAUCUCUAAGCUGUAUUUGUAAUUAUUUUAGUGGUAUUUAUAAAUAAUGCCUUGGAGGUUGAAGCAAGAACAUAUUAGUUUAUGGGUACCCGUAAAACUAAGAAAAUUUGUUAUCCAUUAUCACACUUAGAAGAAGCACUAAAUCAUGAUUAUACCAAAGCUCCGAUCAUGCCAAAUUUUAGAUCGAUGCUCAAAUAAAUACACAGUGCAGUAUUUCAUAUCUAAAUAUUUUUAGAAUAUAAGAUUUUCCAAAAUUUAAACAGCACAGCAAGUCAGAAUUACUUUACUCAGACGUAAUUAUAAUGCACAAUUUCUAAGUUGUCCAAUAAUUGUUUUCCUUUGUUCAGUUUUGUGUGGUGAGAUUUUUGUUAAACACACAGUGGCGAUCAUGAUCAUGUAAGUACUGUUAAUUAUCUCGGAAAUUGCAUAUUGAAACAUCUAUGGACAACAGCAUCUUUAGAAUGUCAAGGUUAUGUAUGUUUGUUUAUCUCACCUUGACAAAAGUUGCUAUCUAGAAGUCGAGCUUCACAUUUAGCCUAUCUCUGAUCGGUACCUAGCAUAUGUUUCAUGAAGUAUGCGGGGGUGAAGCAUUGCAAUUCAUAUACCGUCAAAUAUUUCCAAAAAUGAAAAUUAUUUCUUAAAGUCUAAAGAACACUUGAUGUACCAUGUGCUUAAUUUCCUCAUUAAUUUUCUCUAUUCACACACAGGCGAGUGUCUCAAACUCAAUCCCGCAAAGGCAGGACGUGGUCCUGAUUUUUAUUCUCUAUUAAACUAAGCAAAUUUUGUCUUGAUUCUGAAACUCCAGAUCUCCCAAAAAACUCUCAACAGUAAGUCUAGUAUAAUGUGCGAUUGUAAAGUGAAUGCUGCAUAUUGUUUCAAGAAGUGAUUUGUUUCAGUCAAUCAGAGGAGAGAAAAUGUUUAGUCAUUUGAUAGAAUCUUCAUUAGGUAUCAACAUUUAAUUAGGGUAGUAUGGGGAUGUACUGCUACAUGUAUACCUGGUAUCGUAUCAAAUAUGAUCAUGGCAUACAUCACUGCAUUUCAAUGAAUUAAUAAUUAUAUUCCCUGUUUGUUUAUUAUACUCUCCGCAGGUGAGCUACAUAAGGUUUAAUACACACCACAUUUUUCGGUUAAGCUAUGCAGGCUUUACCUAUGCCACUCUCUUAAGGUGAGCUACACAGGCUUUACCUAUGCAAUUUUCCUCAGGUGAGUUAUACAGGUUCUAGUCACACUUCUUCCUCAGAUGAGCUGUACAGGCUGUACUCACACUUCUUCCUCAGGUGAGUUAUACAGGCUGUACUCACACUUCUUUCCUCAGGUGAGUUAUACAGGUUCUACUCACACCUAUUUCCUCAGGUGAGCUAUACAGGUUCUACUCACACCUCUUUCCUCGGAUGAGUUAUACAGGCUCAACCCACCCCAUUUUCAGCAGGAUGCCUUUUGAUAUAUCUAUCAAGUAUUUCAUGAUUAAUUUGGCACUGUCUGAAUUGACAAAUUUCUGGAAUGUUGCAUUCUAAGAUAUGAAACUUUGUCUGCCAUUAAGUGCUGUAACAGUGAAAAUAAUUUGAACUUGACCUCUUAAUUAUGACAGUCCCAUGCAUUUUAUGAAUUGAAAUUUGGUCAAAUAUUUUGCAUUCCUGUGGUACUGAAGGUAUAAAAAUGCUACAUAUGAGGGACUAUCACGAUCUAUCAUUAGGAGUCCGACGUGUCGCUGCUCAACACUAUAGUGUGUUGAAUCAUUACAAUAAAUGAAUUGGCUACAUCAUAAUAGCCAUGAUGAUGAUAAAAAAAAAAUCUGAAAAUUUUGCAGGAUAUUUGGAUAUUUUCCAUCAGAUCAUAAUCAGGAUUAAAUUAUUACUGUUGUUUUAAAACUGCCACCAGGAACAAAGUGUCAUAGUUAUGUAUUUAUACUUGUUUUAUUAGGUGUAAAAAUGAUAAUGGAUGGCUGUAAAUUUCAUCAUUAGUGCUAACAAAAAUACCUCAAAGCUACUAAAAUACAUUAGGCUCAUCCUGAUGUUAAUGGUUUUGAUUUUUUGAUUUGAAUGUAUUUAUGAGUAUCCAAUAAAUUAAGACUCAAUUUGAAAUUUUAGAGGGGGGAUAUGCUUUUGGGGAUCGAGUUUAAAGAAGAUGAAAUUAAGGAAUUUAAUAAUACUUUUAAUUGUGGGGCACCAGGUUUAGAAAGUCUGCUUAAACUCAUUUUGAUAGUAGCUGUUGCAAAAUUGGGAAAAAAAUUCUCCCGUUUUUCGCUGCAUACCAUCAAUGCAUAUUUUAGAAAUUAUUUUUUUUUAACUAAUUGUGGGGCUAAGUGAUACAUUGACCUUGAUCUUUUUUUUUAUUAUGAUUUCAUUGAUGCUUCAUAUGAGUGAAUUUUGCAGAUCUUGCAAUUCAUAACUACUUUAGGUAUUGCAGAAGAAUUAGUACAUUGACCUUGGAGAAUCUGCCCGGCUCUGCAGAGCCAGCCCACUCCUUGCAAUACUUUGUUGUACAUUAAAGAAUUAUUAUCAAUAUUUUAUCAAAAAAAGAUAAGAUUACCCUUCAUUACAUGUUAUUUCUCAAAUUCAGCUGCUUUUUUUCUGAAACAGAAAAAUCUGAUAUUUACAGUAAUAUUUUCUGGUAACCUACAGGUUUUUUUUGGUUAUUUAUUAAAUUUUUUACAAAGUUAAUGUUAAAUAUUUUUCUUCUAAAUGUCUGCUGGAGACUUUGAACUUCUCAUCAUUUAUCAUUAAGAUAUCUUGAACCACAACUGCACACCAGAUAUCUGAAUUGAUACAGUGUUCUGUUCAGAUCAAGCGACAUUUCUAGAUAUAUAAUAGGAGAAUUCUAUUUCUCAUCAAAUACUAGAAGAGUAAGGGUCCCAUCGUAUUCUACACUUGAGUUGCUUUUUAUCGAUGGUGUGAAGUGUUUGUAUAAGGCUUAUCAAUGCCAGGUAUAGCCCUUUAUACAAAUGUAACUUUGGUCUGUGUGACCUAAAUAGCGGCUCAGGUGUUGUCUGUUCCAAAAACUUUGCGGCCAAGUUGUAUUGAAAAAGAGAGGUUUUCUUCGUAGUCCUUCAUUUAAAACAUUUUCUGUGGUAGAAGGAGAUCUAAGUUAUGAAUUACUUUAGCAGUGCACUCAAGCAGAUCGGUUUGUGAAAACACAAAACCUAUUAAUCCAAUCAAAUUUACCUGUCAGAUUUUUGCCAAGGUUAAAGUGCAGGGCCUCAGCCAAUGACAGCGAGGCUAGGUGUACUAGAGCGACAUUGUGGUACUUCAGUCAUACAAACAUAUAUAUAUCCUGUGCGAUUACUCACCACUUCGAUUUAACAACUGUCUGUUCCCUGCUUCACAUUGGCUCUUCUUUACCCCCACACGAAAAGAUAUUUAUAAACAAAAUCGAGCAUGCUGUCUGCAGUCAAGUUGUGCAACUGUUUUCUGUGUUGAAACAGCCACUGGCACGUUUCUGUGAGAAUUCUCUAAAAGUGCAGACACACCUGUUUUUCUUGUGGAAAAUGUUUUUUGAGUGUACCCAUUUCUUCUGUGUCAGUCCCACCUGCUGAGGAAACUGAGUAUAACUAAGUGUAACCAGGGUGCAUUGAGUACUGGGAGCUGACUAGAUUCUAAAUUCCUGUGCGGAAAUUUGUUUUAAUUAAGAAGGAUUUUUUUUCACAAUUUUGGGACGUGGUGUUGACUGAUGUUUAAUGUGUGAUCGUUUAGCCUCCUUUGGGACUAACCCUAUGAUGCCAAUGCUUGGUGACCCUCCUUUGGGAUUCCCUGACUCCCUGAGGGGGAGUCUUCUAGGACUGCCUCCCUAUGCCCAUCCAGGAUUUGGAUUAGGUAUGGGGCCAGUUGUGCCUGUUCCCUUAUGGAGACCUAUGGCCACUCACCCUUCAGCUUUAAUGUGUAAUAGUGUAGGAUGCGCUUGUAACAGGCCUCCCCUGUUAAUGAAUGAACUUCUAGAUCUGUAUAACAAGAAUUCACCUCCCUCUACUGAUCCAUGGAGGCCAUGGUACCCGAAACACCCAGUGUCUACUGACUCAUACUACAAAUCCAUUGACUCCCGACAGUCUCCUAGUAAAGAACUGCCAACAAAGCUGUUAAAACAGGAUCGCAUCAAAGAGCGGCAGGAGCUGUCCCAGACCCUAAACUACGACAGGGAUCACCUCCUGAAACUCAAAAACAGAUGUGUGGCACCUCAGCCGGGACAGCCAACAGUCGAUGGAGAUGUAUACAGAAAUGGGGACCAUCAUAUUUCUACUCUUGAAUCCUACUCCAUCAGACGACACUAUAUUCUCCCUCCGCCAGGGCCAAUUAGGGACCCUAGAGGAUCUCCUCCCAAAUAUUCCUCCAUAGAAUCCCAUGAUGCACCACUGAAUCUCUCCCUGUCCAGUUCUUCGCUGCCAUCCACCACUUCUGCUUUCUCCUCACAAAUCUCUCGGCCAUCGGUCAUCACGUGUGGUCCCACUGUGAACGAGAGGAACAGUCACUAUAGCAACGUAUCGCCCCCUCAUACUCCUCAUGUAGUGUCCAGUCCCAAAAGUCGACAAAUUAUAUCAGCAGGUUGUGAACCGGACAUAGAAGAACAUUUCAGACGAUCAUUGGGAAGGGACUAUAUGACAUCUAACUCUCCCAAACUGGUCAAUCCCCCACCCCCACCCCCUCCACCUAAAGUACCCACUCCCCCAGUAGAAGCUGCUACGACCACUAGAGCCAGCUCUUCACCUAUGGAGGGCGAUAAGAACAACCCGGCUAAUGUAUCCAUCACAGGUUCAGUGGAUGACCAUUUUGCCAAAUCAUUGGGCUCCAACAUGUGGUCAGCUCUGAAGGCCAAGAAUGACCCCGAGGUUCAGACAGUGGAUGACCACUUCGCUAAAGCGCUGGGAACCAGCACAUGGUUACGAAUAAAGAAGGAAAAGGAAACUAAUGGCACCAGUUCUCCUCCCUCAUCACCACAGCAACAGAGACAAAACUCAUCACUGGUGUCAACAUGAUGACAGAAGUGGUGAAAAACAUGACACAGAAAAACCAGAACUGUACAUGGCAGCUGGGGAUCGGGGUGAAUCCCAAAACAUGAUACUACUACUGCCGAGGGGAAAAUCCACUGAAUCCAGUUCAUAGGAUCAGGAAUGGAAGUCAUUCGUCUAUAUUAUUUAUGAACGCUCUUUGUCCAUGUGUAAUGUUCUGUGUGAGGAUGAAUUUGCACAAAACUGAACAGUUUAGUUGGUACCCUGAAGGAAACAGCAAAACUCUUGUUCAGUAUUUGAGUGACACAAUGUGAAAACAGACACGUUUUGUGCACAGUUUACUGGUACACGUACUUCUACAGUGCUGUUCCAGAUGUUCGUGCAUUCUUGCACUUGACAGGUUUUUUUCUAUUAUUGCUUUUUUUUCCUCCCAUUCUGAUGUCAUUGGACACGUCUACGCAUGUUUGAGUUUUGGCCAACUUGGAUCUCUUCAUGCCAGCUGAUGGGGUAUUCCACAUGUUUUGGUGCUUUAUUUUGUUUUGCUUAUUGAAGACUUUUUUUGCUACAUUUAAACUGACAGUUUGAUGCUCAUUAUUGAUCAUAGCCUGAAAGUUGCUCACUUUUUCAUUGUACAUGACAAAAACAAGCUGAUUGGUUGUAUGGGGUGCUUGAUUAUGCAAACCUGUAUUGAUAUGAACACAUGUUUUGUACAUAUUUGGAUGUUGCUGGGUUGAAGAGAGUAUGUAUUCAGUAUUGUUUUAAGGUUUAUCAUUUUCCCAUGUGAGAGGACUUUCUCCUUUUUUAGUAUUUUAUUACAUUUGUGCGUUUGAGUGCAAUUUUGAUCUUGUCACAGAUGACCAUUGAGGUGACUGUAAAAAUUACAUUCCAUCAGGUGUGCAGGUUUGUGUGUGUGUUUUAACAUGAGGAGGUAACAAGAGUUGCACGAGCAUGACAUGUUAUAUUUGUCAGAAUGCAUCGCAUCAGGCAAGUGUGCUUCCUGUUAAGGUCACGGAAAAGGUCGCUAAGCAUGUCAACACAAAAGUGGGCGGAGGCGUGUGUUUACAUAAUGUGGCUAGCGGACCAUGUCUAAACAAUCUAUCAGCAAUGACUAAUGCAUAAUAAUCUACAUAUAUAAAAGUAUGAUGAAAUCACUAAGGCAGAGUAGAAAUUCUAUUGGCAGAUAUGCCUUAAUAUGAAGAACAAAAGCAAAUCGUUAGUAGGAUUUAAAUAUGUGAAUUGCUGGUUGUUAAUGUCAAAUAUUUGUAAUUCAGACUGACACACCUGUGCUAAUCAGUUAUUAAAUAUGCACAUGUAAAUUAGCAGAUUUUUUGGGAGUGAGUUUUUUUAUAUUGAAAUCGUCUAUUGUUUUCGUAUUUAAUAUUUUUCAUGGGGAUUGGAAGGCAAGAAAGGAAGUUAAUUUCUAUUGUUUUCCUAGUUGAUAUUUUUGAUGGGCAUUGGUUAGCAAAAAGGGAAGUUAAAUGUCAUGAGUCAGAAAACAGUGCUUGCAUGGUAACUAUGACUUGGAUGUGGAGGAAGCCGUCCUCCUUAAAGGUUUAGCGACACCUGAUAGUUCGAGCUAUGGUGUAAGACAUGUUAUCUUGGAUGAGGAUGUGAGAGAAAAUAUUAAUGGCAGCUCCUGAAGCUUUAUGAAUGAUUAGGGUGUAUGUGUGAAUAUAGAUAUACCACAGUGUAUAUGAAGUAAAUGUUCAUUGUUACAUUGUUUCCACUAAGCUUUAUACUGUGUAAUGUCCAACCUGUUGUAUAAAACAUUGACUUUAUUGAGAAAAAAAAUGAGAUAGAAAAAACAUUGUGAUGAAAAAAUGAAUAAAAUUAUAUUUGAAUAGAGUGAA